AUGCCCCUCCCAAUCUCGCUCUGGAUGCGCCUCAUUUGCUCCAUAAGGACCGAGGCUUACACAAUACUCGAGGGUAUGUUACAGAACUAACACGGAAUGCUAGCAUGUUAUUGUAACAGGAAAAGGGUAUACAAAAAUUGAAAGACUCAUCUUUUCGCUUGUUCAAAUGGCGGGUUUAAUCCAUCUGAGUUUGGUUGAGGGAGCAACGCAAGCUUCAUGCUAAAGUGAGGUUAGAAGUAAGUGCCCAGGGGAUCGACAAAAUGGGGGGAGGGGGGGGGAAGAUCCGGCCGCGAUAGCCGACGCUGAUAACAACCUCUCGCCAAGCUGCAUGAAACUUGCAGCGACAAUGCAGCUUGCGGCUGGACAAGAAUCCUCACUUUCAGAACCAAGGUAG